AUUUCCGACUAUCCAGCGAUUUCUCCCGCCCAACAUUUGGCAGCAUGACGUCGUAUUUCCCCGUUAAAUCGGGAGUAGUGAAUUUGUAAUUUCUAAAAGUUGUUUAGGCAUAUUUUAGUGCAAAUGAUGUUUAAGAUGUUAAUUUGUAUUAGAGAAACGUAAUUAAAAUUUUUUUUUAGUAGAAAUGACGAGCACGGCGACAGAGCACGAAAUCCAAUCCCAGCAGUUGAGCGUGACGCUGAUGGAGAAUGAGGAGGGCACGGUGAAUAAGGAGGGCGAAAUAUUGAAGAGCGAGCUCAUAGAUACGUGUUCUCAACAGAAUAGUGACUUAAGAAGUGAGAAGAUGGGUUUGGAAAACUGUGAGGAAUUGAGUGAUAGUAACAUGUUAGAUAAUACCAUUAUGCCCGUUAAGAGAUGCAAGGGUUCCGAAGUCGAAAAAGUGCCUGAUCAAAUCGAGACUACAGACUUUGAAAUAGUUCAAACUGUGAAUAGUAACCAAUCAAAAAAUUCUGUUGUGUGUGAUGUCGGCAAUGUGAACGAACAGACUGUCUUGCUGGAUGCCUCUGCCGAGGUCGACGUGGCCGAUGGCUCUACCGACAGAUCGGUCGGCGUCGUUCGACCACAGUCUAUUCCCGCAGCCGAGAAACAGGAAUCGACUGUGUUGCAGACGGAAAGUCCCAAGAGUCAGCAAGCGAAUUCGUCUAGUGUUCCUCCUAAUUCGGCUUAUCAUAUCAAAUGGGUUCAAUGGAAAGAUCAAAAAACUCCUAUCAUAACACAAAAUGAGAAUGGUCCAUGUCCACUGAUAGCCAUAAUGAAUUUCCUAAUUCUUAAAAACAGAAUAAGUUUACCUCCGAUGAUGGAAAUCAUCACUGCAGAGCAGCUUAUGGAAUAUCUUGGUGACUGUAUAUUGGACAACAUUCCAAAGAAUAUUCCAGAAGGAGCUCAGCUGAAUUACGAACAGAAUAUGCACGAUGCGAUGGCCAUACUGCCAAAAUUACAAACUGGGUUAGAUGUAAAUAUAAAAUUCACUGGAGUUAGCGAUUUCGAAUACACUCCGGAAUGUAUUAUUUUUGAUUUAUUGCACAUACCUCUGUAUCAUGGAUGGUUAGUGGAUCCUCAGAGCCCGGAUAUCCAGGCUGCGGUGGGAAAUCACAGCUACAACCAGUUGGUCGAGAAGAUCAUCAACAAUAAAAGCUCUUCUCACCCGGAAUUAGAAAGAGAAGCACUCAUAGCAGAAGCGUACCUGCAAAAAUCUGCCUCGCAACUGACGUACCAUGGACUGUGCGAACUUAUUGCCACUCUGAAAGAUGAGGAACUGGCCGUACUUUUCCGCAACAAUCAUUUCAUUACCAUGUAUAAACACAAGAAUGAGUUAUUUCAGCUGGUGACAGAUCAAGGAUUUCUGACAGAGAGCAACGUCGUCUGGGAAACACUCAACAAUAUCGAAGGAGAUGGAGAGUUUGUAGAUAGCAAUUUUCUCACAGUGCCUCCAAAACCUCCACCCCUGCCAUCCAGUGUCACGACUGCACAACAGAUAGAUCAAGACUACAUGGUAGCACUGACACUCCAAGAAGAAAAUCAAAAAUUACAACAAAAGGAUUGGGAAUGGGAACAAUUUAAAGAGAAGAGUCUCGGAGUUACGGAACCAUUGACAGACGAAGAACUAGCACGUCGUCUCCAGGAGGAAGAAAACCGCUAUGCAAACGCCGCAGGUCGGGAGAGACAGCAGAACCCGCAGUCGUCGACAAGACCAAGAGCGGCCGAAGGGAAUUCCAGCAGCAGGAGUAAGAAUAGAGAUUGUACCGUUCUCUGACAGUAAAGAAACGAGAGAGAGAGCAGACCCUCUUGCCUUCGACCUCGAGACGGACACGCCGCUAGAAGUCCCGGUGCUCCGUGACCGUUCCUUCCGAUAGUUUCUCCGUCACUCGCAACCGUAACGUAUUUCCAGCGUCGACGUACGUCUGCACCCUUUUCUUUCUUCGUCGCCACAUUUUUGAGGUGUCCGUUACCGAAUUUAGGUUCCGGCGGACCGGGAGGAAUAUUUGUAAUGUAUAUUUAUCAUAUCAAUAAACGGAUGUAAAUGUUCUAUCUCGUUAA